UGAAACGCAAAACGCCGCUUUUACUGUGAAUACACGAUCUUGAAGACACAUUUAUUAAACACUUUGUUUCUGGGUUUCAUAUUCGAAUGAAUACAUAAUCAUGCAGCCACACAAGAGAAUCCAUGAUAAAGGCGUUCAAAUGAAUGUACAUGCAGUAAAAAUCACAAUCAGCUGUUGAAACUGAAGCAGUUUUCUGUUGUGCUGCUCCAUUAAUGAACACAUGUGUCCAUUGAAAUAUAGUUUUAACAGAGAGAUGAGUAAAGGAGAAGGGGAGGGAUGCGUCGAAAAGGUGUUGCACAGAAAUCAGAGGACUGUAUAAAUCCAUAUUCACCUGUUAUGGCUGCUUUUAAAGUGUUCCAGCAAGAGCUCGACACCAAACAUGACAAAUAUGAGCGUUUGGUGAAAAUCAGCCGAGAUAUCACCAUUGAGAGCAAACGGACUAUAUUCCUACUGCACAGAGUGACCAGUGUUCCAGAUGUUGAGGUGAUACUGUACGAGGCAGAUGUUAAACUGGAUGCUGUGAGGCAGAAGAUCGGUCAGAUAGCAGAAGAACUGAGAGGAGAAGAUUUACACCAGUUUCACAGAGCCUUUACACCCGGGAUUCAGGAGUAUGUAGAGGCCGUGUCCUUCCAUCACUUCAUCAAAAACCAUAAACUUAUCAGUCUGGAGGAAAUCAACGCUCGUUUGGUUUUCAUGAGAGAUGAACAAAAAACAAAGGUGUGCUAUAAAACAAGCACUUUCACCACAAUACUGACCUUUCAGGUGGUGCCAACUGAUUACCUGCUGGGCGUUGCUGACCUUACGGGAGAGCUGAUGCGCAUGUGUAUCACAAGCGUUGGCAGUGGCGACAUGGAUACGCCUUUCCAGCUCAGCACCUUCCUGCGGGAAAUCCAUGACGGAUUCUCGUACAUCGGCAACACGGGACCCUAUGAGGUCUCCAAGAAACUGCACACGCUGCGGCAGAGCCUGGGAAAGGUGGAGGAUGCAUGCUACACCCUGCGCGUGCGAGGCUCCGAGAUCCCCAAACACAUGCUCGCUGACGUGUUCUCCAGCAGGGCGGCACACUUGGACCCAGAGGACGCAAUAGCGUAAUAUAUCAUGAUGUUGAACUUUCUUGUGCAUGUUGCCAUUUGUCCUGUGUUUGCAGUUUACAAACAGACUGGGCAUAUUUUGUUAAGAGUAUUCUGGGAGUAUUUAGUUUAUCAAGGUCUCAUAUCUGGACUCAAAAGUGAAUUUUUGACUUGUUUACCAUUUAAUUGGUUGCAUGUUAUUGCAAUGCCUCCUUGUUCCUCACUGUGUUGUUAUAAUUCAUAUCAAUGUAUGCAAUUAAGGCUGCAUUUCUUCAUUUGAUUCUGCCUUAAAGUUAUAAACAUAUUUACCAUUAUUUCUGAAAUACAACGGUCUUUGAUAUGUCAAUAAAACUUGUUUUUGAUACUGACCGGUCUCCCUGAACUCCAGAUUUCUAACAGGAACUACACUGUUGUGUCAGUGUUAUCAGAUAUUGUAAACUAACCGAAAAGUUUGUGUUUUUCAAAUAAACUGACACUUUU